CCCGUUUCUGUUAUAAUGUAAUUAUGUAUUAAAUAAUUUACAGAUAUAAUUUCGCAAUAAUGUCGGUAUUUCAGGUAGUUAGUUAAAGAUUGCAGUGGGAUGAAAUCGUGGCUUGAAAGAAUCAACACCUCAAAACCUAAAAGUGAACCAUGAUGUUAGAGGAGGAAGAUUUAGAGCAGCUGAAGAGCCAAACUGGAGAAAAUAAUCUUCACAACAGCGUAAACAUCAUCUACAUUAAAGAAGAACCUGAAGAUAGAGAUUAUGUCUGUAACACAACAGGACACACUGAAGAACUAAGCACAAAGACCAAAAGAAGAUCCAGUAUUAAGCAGAAAUACUAUGAUCUGGGUAUCUCUAAUGGACAGGGCCAGAAAGAUAUUCCACAUUGCUCAGAUAGUGGGAAGAGUUUUACUCAACACUGUAAUAUCCAACACUACCAGUGCAGUGGCUCAGAAUUGGCUCUGUUCAUCUGCUCACACUGUGGGAAGAGUUUUACUCACAAGGGAACUCUCCAGAGACACCAGCGCACUCAUACAGGAGAGAAGCCUCAUGAAUGCUCAGAAUGUGGAAAGAGUUUUACUCAACAGAGUCACCUCCAGACACACCAGCGCACUCAUACAGGAGAGAAACCAUAUCCCUGUUCAGAGUGUGGGAAGAGUUUUAACCUGAAAGGGACUCUUCAAGCACACCAGCGCAUUCACCUGGGAGAGAAGCCAUAUUGCUGUUCACAAUGUGGAAAGGGAUUCACUCAGAAGGGUACGCUUAGAACACAUGAACGCACUCACACUGGGGAGAAAUCCCACCGCUGCUCAGAGUGUGGGAAGAGUUUUACUCACGAGCGUACUCUUCAACUUCACCAGCGAAUUCACACUGGAGAGAUGCUGUGUUACUGCCCAACAUGUGGGAAGAGUUUUAACCGAGAGAGUCAUCUACAAACGCACCAGCGCAUUCACACCGGAGAGAAGCCGUACCAGUGCUUAGAGUGUGGAAAGAGUUUUACGCAGCAGGGUUCUCUUCAACUACACCAGCGCAUUCAUACUGGAGAGAAGCCGUAUCUCUGUCCACUGUGUGGAAAGAGUUUUAAUAGAGAGAGUACUCUCAAAGCACACCGGCGCAUUCACACAGGGGAGAAACCAUAUUCAUGCUCGGCUUGUGGACAGAGAUUUGCAUAUUCAAAGAAAGUUAAGGCUCACAUGUGCAGUGAAACAAGCAAUUGGUUAUGAAUAAACUUUCACCAUUCUGUCUCCUG